AAAUUUGAGAUUAAAUUCAGUUGAACUGGAAGUAACUUUAUGUCAGUGAAAAUACAACAUCCAUUCAACCUGUUUAAUCUACAGUCUACCAUCAGCUGGUUUAGUUGUAUAACGGUCUUCACCUAACCUUUUGAUUAUAUCUGAUGAUUGGUGUAAUUUUGUUAAUCUUUCACCAACAGCCAUCAAAAUAGGAUUUAUAAUGGUUCUCGGAAUUACUUAACAACGUUAUCAGAGUUAUCAUGAAACAAUAUUAUUGCAUAUUGGUUAAUCCAAAAGACUUGGGAUAACAAAAAAUGCAAACCUAAGGUAAUUUGAUUGGAGCCAUUAAGAUGGAUUCAUUGAUUUUACCGCAAACUGGAUGGUUCAAAGCAGCGAGUUGCACUUGGUAUUAACAUGGAUAUUACCUGAUAAUUUUAGCUAUUAAUCAUUUAUGUCAAUUGAUUUCGGAGCUUUUCUUCAUCAAUUAAUUAGAUCAACUCAUGCAAUGUUUAUUGAUUUCAAGCUAAAUUGCAAAUUGGCCAUGUGCACCUAAAAAGGCUCAAAGUGAUUAAGAAGAUGAAAGUUGAAAUUAAAUCACACUCUAACAUGAACCACACUCAUAUCAUAAUGUUUACCGAAUUGUACAAUAAGUCAAAUGUUGAUCCCGAUAUACAAGAUGUAACAUCAAAGCAAACAUUCAAGUUAAAAAUGAUUCGAGUUUACAAUUAUUUACUUUCAACUGUGAAAAGCAAAAAAAGACAACCAAAGGAUCAUUUUUACGGAGUAAAAUAUGUUAGUUAUCUCGAUAAAAUGAUUGUUAAAUGUCACUUUCUUAACCAAGGUUUAACCACGGAGAGACGACCGAUGAAACAAAUGAUUCUCUAUGAAAUCAGUCUGUUUAUAAUCAAUUUAUUUACAGUCGUCCGAUUGUUGCUGGUACUUUUUUGGGACGAAAAAUCGCCUGUUUACAGUCAACUGGUGCUUUACCUAGGCGAGGGAUACAUUGGACUACCUAAUCGCAAACUAGUGUUGACCCUGUUUUUACUCGCUCAAAGCUGCUUUUGGCUCAUCAAAUUAACAUCCCUUUGGUGUGAGUUGACCAACAACAUGAAGAUUCUCGAUGAAUUAGCAGUCGUCAGAAAAUCUGGUUUUGAUUCUGAUGCACUUAAAUUAAGAAAUGAAGAUUGUAAAAGAUUCCAGAAAAUCUCAAUCGUCAUUCUUGGCAACAUAAAGGCUAUCAUCAUUAUAUUAUGUUUUUCCGUCUCAAGUAUUCAUAUUUUUUUUCAACAAUCUUGCUGGCAUUUCUUGAACGGACUCACAGCCAAAACGUUAACCUUUAUUUGGUCCAUUUUCAUCGUAACCAUGAUUUGUAUGCACACUACAGUCGCAUUGAUUGGCACUGCUUUACUUUUAUUUGGAUUUAGUUAUGUUAAAUUUCGCCAUGACUCGAUCACCUCUAACUUGAAGCUGUUGAGCAAAUUGUCAGCUUGUCCAGUGGCCAUUUUACAACGAACCAUUUAUGAUCACAUCGAUAUUUAUAACCUUUUUGACCUUUGCAAUGUAUUUUCACGUCCAAUUUUGUUUGUAAUGUACGUUCCGUUUACCUUAUUUGCUGAUUUGACCUUCUUCUUUGUGACAGUUCACGGAGUCGAUAGUAAAUUUGUUUCCUAUGUAGCAACAGUAAUUAUCAGUAUAGCUGUUGCUGGGUUUGCUUUAUCCACUUAUUUAAUUGGUAACAUUCAUUCAAAGUCUUCAAUGGCCAGUAAACAAUUGCAUAAGCUAAUCCUUCAUGCUCCAUUCAAUGUGCGAGUUAACCUUAAGGCUUUAUUUUUAUUGGAAAGAAUCUUGGAAACUCCGGUUGGAAUAAGUAGUUACAAUUCAGUGGUUACAAAAGAGCAUGUUGUUACUUAUUUAUUGGAGAAUGCAUCAAAUCUUAUGCUGUUCACUUGUAAUUUCCGCAGGGUUUAAUUGAUUCAAUGAUAAAACUUGAUCAAUGAAAUUUAAAGUCACCAGAUUAAGUUGACUUUAGCUUUGUAAGUUACAAGUUUGCUUCAUUUGUCAAUAGAAAAGCUAUUUCCAAUAAAUAAUAUUUAAUGCUUAAAA